UGGAGGAGGAAGAGGACGAGGAUGAGGGCUGCGGAUGAAGUGCCACCUCCAUCCUGCAGGUCCUUCUGCUGGAGGCACCGGCUGGUGCAGCGAGUGAGGGCGAUGCAGCGGGACCAGACCCUCUGCCUAAUCUGCCGGGACGAGGUGGCGGGGCGGCCCUGUUAUACCACCAUGGUCUGCCCCAGCCGCGCCAGCACCUGGUUCCACCGCCGCUGCAUCCAGGGCCAGGCGCUGCGCUCGGGCCUGCACCACUUUCGGAGCCCUCUGUGCCGGGACAUGACAGCCUUCCAGGCAGAGAUGUUCCGCUUGGGCAUCAAAAUCCCCAACAGGGAUGCUGCCUGGGAGGAGGAGGGCUCUCUCCUCGACUUGGUGCUCUGGCAGAGCUCCUGCGACGCCGACCAGUGCCUGUGCCCUCUGGGCCGCGACCAGGCAGAGCAGGCGGGGCCCUGGAGAGUCCUGGUCUGCAGCUCCUGUGGCUCCCGUGGGACCCGCCAGUGCUGCUCCGCCCUGGAAGAUGCCACCGAGUCCUGGGAGUGCAGGGACUGCAGCGGCACGCACAGCGGUGAGGGGGGCAGCGGGAGGACAGGGUGCCCAGGGCGUGGUGGCUCCCACAGCCACUGGGGACUUGGGGACAGGCGCUGUGACGCGUGGAGGGAGGGAGCGUGGCAGGGGCUUGUUGUGCUCAUCAUCUCCCUGCCCCUUGCAGUGCCCGACAUUGCAGCCGGACCAGACUCUGGCCCCCCUGGCGCAGGGACCCUGGCACAGCGCUCCCAGUAAGAUCACUGGCACAGGCUGCCCAGAGGCUGUGGAGCCCCCUCCUCUGCAGACGUGCCAGCACCACCUGGACACAAUUCUGUGCAGCCUGCUCCAGGAGGACCUGCUUUUGCCGGGGGUUGGACUAGACGAUCUCCAGAGGUCCCCUCCAGCCCUGACCAUGGUGUGGUUCUG